UUUUUGUCGCAUAUGUGGAACAUUUGAUUUAUUUAGCUCGAUUUAUAAUGAAUUUAUGAUAGUAAAUAUGAAUAGAUUUUAACGAUUUAACAAAAGUUGAAUCGAGUUUAAUUUAGUUAGUUAAAGAAACAGCGAUCCCGUCAAAUUGACCGGUAUCUCCGUACAUAAUUUUAGAUUUGAAGGAAUAUAAUGAAGACGAAGUUGCCGGAACGAGUUCCAUCGAAGAAAUUUUCCUUCUAUACUUUUUCGAUGUUCGCGUUAUUAGAAAAUUUUCUUGAGUCUAUUGCUAUGCGUCGAAGAAUCGUCGGUCCGUCCGCGUACGUUCUGUGCUUUGCGGUACGAUAUACGUCGCAUUUGGUUGCCGAGGAACGACAGCGUCGCAUUCUCCCUUUUCGACGUUCUCUUUUGGACACGGUUUAUUCCACACACACAGAACUUACCGGGAGAUUCACUAUUCUUCCACCACUUCGAGUGUUUGGUGAGACGCGAGACGCGAGAACGCUUCCCAAGAACAACUGUGUCUCUACCACGUCAUCGUCGUGUGCAUGAGCCGCUCCUAACGUUCGAGAAUCGUUGGAAUCGGAGAGAAGCCAGAACUCGACGAGGAGCUGGCUGGUACGCCGCGCCAGAAAGCCGGUAGCUAUAUUUCACCGCAGUGUGAAACCAGUGAAACAUCAAGCGAUUCAGUUCAGUUGGUCUUUGACUUCCGAGCGUUCAACGUCAGGUUUGAUACUCGGUUUAUUCGGCAAAUAAUUCUUCGACCACACCCCUCGUAAAGCUCAAAUACGAUUUCCAAGAUGUCUGCCAACCAGUACUACCAUUUGCAGUGCACACCAACGGUGUAUCCCGCGGACCCUUUCGACCCGGAAGCCGACGCUGAACUUUUGCGUACGGCGAUGAAAGGUUUUGGAACCGACGAACAGACGAUUAUUGACAUUCUGGCUCAUCGUGGAAUCGUGCAGCGACUUGAAAUAGCCGACAAAUUCAAAACUAUGUACGGCAAGGAUCUCAUCUCCGAGUUGAAAUCCGAACUCGGGGGAAAUUUUGAGAAAGCGAUUCUCGCCCUGAUGACACCCCUCCCAGAAUAUUAUGCCAGCGAAUUGCACCAUGCGAUUUCGGGAAUGGGAACCGACGAGGACGCGAUUAUCGAAGUUCUCACGUCGCUCAGCAAUUACGGAGUCAAAACGAUCGCAGCUGUUUACAAAGAUCUUUACGGCAACGAUCUCGAAGACGAUCUCAAGGGCGAAAGUUCCGGUCAUUUUAAGAGACUUCUCGUUUCUCUUUCUUGCGCCAAUAGAAACGAAGAUACCGACGUCGACGAGGGCGCAGCUGUCGAGGACGCUGAGAGACUUCUCGCUGCGGGUGAAGGACAAUGGGGAACAGAUGAGAGCACUUUCAACGCUAUUCUCAUCACGAAAAGCUAUCCUCAGCUUCGAAGAAUCUUCCACGAGUAUGAAAGAAUUGCCGGACACACUCUUGAGGAAGCAAUCAAACGAGAGUUCUCGGGAUCCCUCGAGGACGGCUACCUCGCUGUUGUGAAAUGCGCCCGUGACAAAACUGCAUACUUUGCUGAGAGAUUGCACAAAGCGAUGGCAGGAAUGGGAACCACGGACUCGACGCUUAUUCGCGUUAUCGUCGCGAGAUCGGAGAUCGAUCUUGGUGACAUUAAAGAUACCUAUCAGCAAAUGUACGGAAAUGCUUUGGCUGCUGAUAUCGACAGUGACUGCAGUGACGAUUUUAAAAGGCUUCUGAUCGCUCUAGUGAAUUAAAUAUACGUGUAACGAAGAAAAUGUCACGUUGUUUGUUGUAAUACGGGAAUUAAUCAUACGCUUUUGAUCAUCACACGCACCUUUCUCUUUCUUCUCGUUCUAAAUUAAUUAAAAAAUUCAAUAUUGCACGUAUACGAAGAACUUAUUCGAAAUGAAAACACGAGCUUUCGAUUGUGCACCAAUCAACGUUUGGAAUACACGAGCGUAUACUCUUGUAUCUUUGAUUUCAGAGCGAUUGCGCCGACGAAUGGAAAAGGCUGCUGAUCGGCCUUCUUAACUAAAUUAAAAUUAUUCAUUCGCAUUCCAAAGAAUUAUAUAAAAUUGUUGUAUGCAAAAUAUUCCAAUUUUAUUAUACGAUUCAAUCUUCUUUUGCUUUGUGCUCGUUAUCAUGGAUUAUAAUACUCAUACUUGCUAAAUUAUUUAUCAGAAACUUAUAAGAAUUGUGGAAAUACAGAGAUACGAUAUACGAGAAAAUAAAAUGUGCAUUCGAUUCGCCUGAAAA